CCCUUCCCUCCCCUCGGCCGCUCCUCCUGCUCCGACAGAGACAGGCAAAAGGCGGAGGAGGAGCAGCGGACCUCCACAGUUUAGAGUCGCUGGGUGUAGAGCAGCAGUCGGUCGGCGGGUCGGUUGGUCGGUAGCGACAGCGGGAAGACGUCACCUCCUCACGGCUAUUUUCUAGUGACCAGUGAAGGGCCAGCAGGGAGAAGAACAGCAGAGGAGGCGAGCAGAGGCGGAGACGGUAAUUGCAUUUCUGGCUGCCCUGUGGGAACAUGGGAUAUAUGACCUCAUCAUUCACCUGUGAGCCUCUCCACUAAACAACUCCAGAAAGGAAAGAAGAAUGACCGAAGUAGCCGUAGAAAGUGUCCUCCUAAGCGUGACGUCGUGUGACGCCAUCGGCUGCACCUCCCCUCCGCCGUGCCUGCCCCUGUGCAAUCAGAGCGAGGACGAGGAGAGUCACAAUGAGAUCAAGAAGCUCGAACUGCAGAAACUCUGCAACCAGGUGCAACCAAAGAAAAAAGUAAAGGCCAAAGGAAAGUUGGUGCGCAGCAUGGCGGUCUGCGAGGAGUCCUUCCUGUGUGAAGACACCCAGGCGUCCCCAGACGCGAACAUCUCAUCUAGCUGCCAUGACAACGAGAGGAUUUCCUGUAAGGACGAAGAGCCUGACAAGAGCGCGGAUCCAAAGAAGCAUUCACUGUCCAAAGAGUCCAGCGUGGAGUACACCGACUCCACCGGCAUAGACCUGCACCAGUUCAUCGUCGACACGCUCAACAGAAACCCCAGAGAGCGCAUGAUGCUGCUUAAACUGGAGCAGGACAUGAUCGACUUCAUCACCAGCAAUAGUACCUUUAAGAAGUUCCCUCACAUGUCGUCCUACCACCGUAUGCUGGUCCACCGGGUAGCGGCCUACUUCGGCAUGGAGCACAAUGUGGACCAGACGGGAAAGUCUGUCAUCAUCAACAGGACCAGCAGCACACGCAUACCGGAGGAGCGUUUCGUGGACAAGGUGCAUAAAGAGGCAGAAGAGAUCCACCAGUGGAAAACAAUUUUAAAGAGAGACAACAGCUCGGAUGACCAGAACCGACUCCACCCCUUGUGGGAGAAGCAGAGCAAGUCAAUGGAGGAGAGGGAGGAGGAGUACCAAAGAGCACGAGACCGGAUCUUCAACCAGGAGCCACUCUGCACCCAGGAGAGCGCCUCUGCAGAAACCAGGGAUGUGGAGGACUGCAAUCCAUAUGCUGAGACCCAGAGGAGAAGGCAGCUCUUCAGGGGGAGCCGUGACAGCUCAGGCUCCAGCUGGACGGGCAGCAGCAGGCAGAGCAGCACUGAGACCGACUGUCGCUAUAGCAACGACCCCCGACCUUGGAGCAGCACCGACUCCGACUCAUCCCACCAGUGGACAAAUCCGGCCCCGAAGCCGUGCCAGCCCGCCAACCGAGGGGAUCCGCGAGGUUCAGGCUCCAUCUCACUCUUCAGACUGCCAUCCACCUGUCCUCUCCCGUCUCCUCCCCCCAUCAUAGAAGAGCCGGCUCCCAACCCCGUCUACAUCAUGGAGAACGGGAUCCCGCCGGGGAGCAUAUUAGUGAACCCACACACUGGACAGCCGUUCCUCAACCCUGAUGGGACCCCUGCUGUGUACAACCCUCCAGACAGCCAGCAGCCAAUCAGGAGCCAGACUCAGCUGCACGCCUCUCCGCCUCAGCAGGUGGUUCAGUGCUCUGUCUCUUACGCGGCUCCGCCGAUGUUGCCUGUCACCCCCUCACAGCCAUACUCGACAAUUGAAGAUCUGUCCUCGCAGCUUGCCCACGUGACGAUGGGCUGUCAGUCGGCGGGGGAGGUCCCGCCCCUCUACCCUCCCAGUCAGGGUUACAUCUAUGCAGCUCCUCCCCCUCCUCCCAACCCUUCCAGCUACUGCCAACCCUCUCCUCAGGUGCCUGUGUAUUACUACGGCCAGUGCCCUACCUCAGCUCAGCAUGCUUGCAGGCCAGUGUCGCCUAGCCAGCACAUCCACAGCCAGGCAGCACAGCCAGCAGCAGGUUAUGCUCCUGCUGUGAGGAUGCAGCAGUCUUCCCACACCCAGCCCCAGGCUGUGCUGGGGACCUACUCACCAGUUGCCUCCCAUCAGUGUAGCAUGGUUCAGGGAGGUGUUUCUGUGUCCUAUCCCCAUAGCAAAGUUGUGAGCGGGGUAGGCGGGGAGGCCGGUUACUGCUGCGUGGUGCCCCCACCCUCCCACCACAGCUGCACCAACCUCAGCGCGCCGUCCUGGAGCGCACAGUACUGAUGCCGUGAUGUUUCUUUUGGUUUCUGCGUGAACUCAAAUGCACACACAAGACACAAACACCCUUUUUUCACGGACCCCAACCCCCCCACCACCAACCCCCUCCCUCACCUACACACCCUCCUUAUGAAGCCCCCCGGAUAUGCUGUUCACACAACGUACCCCGACUCACAAAGAUAAAUGUACCCCUGUACCAAAGCUUAAUAGUAUAUAUCAGAGCUGCUGUAUUGAAUGCAUAAUUUAUAUACACAAAUGGAGUUUUAUAUUGAUAUUAAAUUAUAUAUUGUGUUUUAAGGAAAUGCACUGUGUGAAGAGAAUAAAGUGCUACGGCUGGACUUA